AAUAGAAUAUUAAAGAUUAGAUUAAACCCAAAAUAUAAAACCUAUAAUUAGUGGGAAUAUUAUAUAUGAGCAAAAUAAAGGGAAUUGGAUUAGAUUUACAGGGUGCUUCAUAAGCUUAACAAUAUUCUAAUUUUACUGCCCUAUUCUUCUCAUGACGUUUGGCUUAGCUCAAGUCUACGUUGGGGACGAAACCAUUUAUAUUCAUUCACUAUAAAAAACCAAUCAUCCCAACACAAACCAAACACUCCUCAAUUAAUUUCUCAGCUAAACAAUUAACAAUGCUUCUUUCAAAAUCACCUCCUGUAGUAAUACUACUACUCACCCUUUUUCCUCUCAUCUUUCUUCAAACACUUUCAUCAUCAUCAUCAUCAUCAAAUCUAGACAACUUCAUCAAAUGUAUCUCCACCAAUUCCGAGUUCUCCACUCCAAUCUCAGCAGCUUUCUUCACACCAAACAGUCCUUCAUUCACUCCUCUUCUCCAAUCUUCAGCUCAGAAUCUUCGCUACUUGGUCCCCUCAGCUCCCAAACCCGAGUUCAUCUUCACACCCUUGCAUGAUUCUCACGUGCAAGCAUCCGUAAUAUGCUCCAAACAGCUUGGAAUACAUCUCAGGGUUCGUAGUGGAGGCCACGACUACGAGGGUCUCUCUUAUGUUUCUGAAAUUGAGACCCCUUUCGUAGUCGUGGACCUCACGAACCUCAGGGCCGUGGAUGUUGACAUAGAUAACAACACGGCCUGGGUUCAAGCUGGGGCUACAAUAGGCGAAGUCUACUACAGAAUCUCUCAAAAGAGCAAAGUCCAUGGCUUCCCCGCGGGUUUGUGCACCAGCUUAGGCGUUGGUGGUCACAUAACCGGGGGUGCCUAUGGCUCUCUCAUGAGAAAAUAUGGCCUUGGCGUCGACAACGUGCUCGACGCCAAGAUCGUUGAUGUUCAUGGAAAAGUUCUUGACCGUGAAGCCAUGGGAGAAGACCUUUUUUGGGCCAUUAGAGGAGGUGGUGGAGGAAGCUUUGGAAUCAUUCUUUGGUGGAAAAUUAAGCUUGUUCCUGUACCUGAAACCGUAACAGUGUUCUCUGUUCCUAAAACUUUGGAACAAGGAGCCACUAAAAUACUCUACAAAUGGCAACAAGUGGUGGAUAAACUCGAUGAUGAUCUCUUCAUUAGAGUCAUAACCCAACCCACUUCAGUCAGUAAAAACACAACCGAAAGAACCAUAAUGACCAUUUACCAAGCCUUGUUCUUAGGAGAGCCUGAAAGACUUCUCAAAAUCAUGGAACAGAGCUUCCCUGAAUUGGGUUUGACUCAUAAGGAUUGUAUCCAAAUGAGUUGGAUCGAAUCAGUUCUUUACAUAGCAAGUUUCCCAACUGGAACAAAACCUGAAGUUCUUCUCCAAGGAAAAUCAACGUUCAAGAAUUACUUCAAAGCCAAAUCUGACUUUGUCAAAGAACCCGUACCCGAAUCCGGUUUGGAGGGUCUGUGGAAAAGGUUUUUGGAAGAAGAAACUCCUUUGACUAUUUGGACCCCAUACGGUGGACAAAUGAGCAGAGUUUCAGAGUCCGAAACGCCUUUUCCUCACCGAAACGGUACCGUUUUUAUGAUCCAGUGGCUUUCUACAUGGCAAAAUGAAGAGAAGGAGAGCACUGUGAAACACAUCGAUUGGAUUAGGAAGCUUUAUGUGUACAUGGCUCCUUAUGUUUCGAAGUUUCCUAGGGAAGCUUAUGUGAACUACAGAGAUCUUGAUAUUGGGAUCAUGAAUAAGAAGAACCAGACAAGUACAUCACUGGCCAGUUCGUGGGGAAAUAGGUAUUUUAAGGAUAAUUUCAACAGAUUGGUCAACGUCAAGACUAAGUUUGACCCUGAAAAUUUCUUCAGGCAUGAACAGAGUAUUCCUCCUCUUUCAACCUCUGCUAGAUGAUCUCCAAUUAUUAUAGAGUAAUUAUCUGACUUGGAAAAAUAACAAUGGUAAUUUUAUAUUUUAAUUGCUUGGAGUUGUGAUUUUCUUGCACUCGAGAGAUGAUGAAUAGGGUAUUUUAUGAGUUGAAUGGUAUGUGUUUGUGUGAGAAAUGAUGUACGAUCAUAUUAACAUAAGAUAAAAGCCUUAUAAUAUAAUAAAAUUAUUAAAUAAAAUACAAUAUUUGUCA